CCUUAUAAGCCAUGGGGUGCAGCCAUGGUCUUCAGCUCAACUCACCACGACAGACCUAGCAAGCAACCCAAGAAAGACCGGUACUUCAGCAAGCACAGAACUCGAUCUAUCUAUCGAUCGAUCAGCGUUCACGUACGGAGCGAGCCACCGUCAUCCGAUCGGUUGAUGAGCAUGACGGGAUUCGGGUCGCCGUGCGGGGCGUGCAAGUUCCUGCGCCGCAAGUGCGCGCGCGGCUGCGUGUUCGCUCCCUACUUCUGCCAUGAGCAGGGCGCGGCGCACUUCGCCGCCAUCCACAAGGUCUUCGGCGCCAGCAACGUCUCCAAGCUCCUCGCCCACCUGCCCAUCGCCGACCGCGCCGAGGCCGCCGUCACCGUCUCCUACGAGGCGCAGGCCCGGCUCCGCGACCCGGUCUAUGGCUGCGUCGCCCACAUCUUCGCGCUCCAGCAGCAGGUCAUGACACUCCAGGCGCAGCUCGCCGACCUCAAGGCCCAGGGGGCACCGCAGCAAGGGAUGAUGCAGCACGAAGACGCCAAGGGAUACGUCGGCGGUGCGGAGCAGUACGGGCACGGUGGCUACCCGUGGUGCAACGACAACGGCGCUGGUGCGGGGGGUGCGCAGCCAUCGUGGGGCAAUGGCAGCGCCGGGCACGAAUCUAUCACCGCGCUGCUUACCUCCGACUACAUGCAGCAGUCGCUGUACCACGCGCUGGAGCAAGCGGACGGGCAGGCGAGGGGCUACGAGGCGAUGGAUCAGUCGCCGUCGUUCGGGGCGGCGGAGGAGAGCGGGUGGAGGUCGUCCUCGUCCUCCGGGUACCAAGACUCCGAGGACCUGCAGAGCGUUGCUUAUGCUUACCUUAAUCGCUCGUAAGAACUCCAUUAAGAACUACUUCUAGUCUGCUAGUGCAGAAUUUAAUAUAUAUCACAAGAUAUAUAUAGACGUUGAUCGAUUGCAGAUCAUGUUUUGGACUUGAGGAGUUUGGGUAAUAUAUGUUCAGUUUUCGAAGCCUCAGCCCAUCAAUCACACUCCUAGACGGUAAUAAACCUAGAAGGAUGUGAGUGUGUUCAUCUAUAUGUGAUCACUGCUGAAACCUAAUUAAUUAGGGAGAUAAAAUGCUUGUUGAUAUGAUCUGGUACUAUUUCUGCUUGGAAAUAUGUUAUCUUCUUGAUUUGUUGCUGCAGUAGUGGAUCUGCACUUAUGUUUCGACUUGUCAUGUCAGAAAUAUAUUGCCAGUAGAAAAGAUCACUUGAACUAGCUAGAAGGUAAUGAUGGACAGCGGAUAUGCAUAGUGAGAUCGAGAC